AAGCCUUCCUGUUUGGGGUGAGGAUUCAGACAAUCGGAGAUGGGUUCGCACGCUUGGUCCCUGUAAAAUGUCAACAUCGACGACGACGGCGCCGACCGCGUCUACAUCAGCGGUCACGACUAGCGAGGCGGAGGCGCUCAAAGCAUCUGUCUUCCAGCGCUUGCACCCAAGAAUCUACUAUGAGCGUUUCCUUGAGGAGCGCGUACGCCCUGACGGGCGCGAAUUCGAUGCCUGGCGCGAUGUCGCGGUCAAUGUCGGCUCCAUAUCUACCGCGGAUGGGUCCUCCCUCGUCAGAUUGGGCGACACGACCAUAGUAUGCGGAGUGAAGGCAGAGAUCGCUCAGCCUGACUUGGAUAGUCCCGAAGACGGUUUUAUAGUCCCGAAUGUCGACCUUCCUGCCAUCUGUUCGCCGAAAUUCAAGCCAGGACCGCCUACAGAAGAAGCGCAGGUCCUGUCCGAUCGGUUGAAUGAAGUGCUCACGGCACACGACGUGCUACCGACUUCCUCCCUCAUCAUACACCCCGGAAAGGCAGCAUGGGUCCUUUACAUUGACGCCACCUGCAUCAACUACGACGGAAACGCGUUUGACGCGACGUUAAUAGCCAUGAUUGCUGCACUCAAAAGCACACGCCUUCCACGAGCGAAGUACGACGAAGACACCGGCAAAGUUACAUGCUCCCGACACGAUCGGGACCCGCUCACUCUCACCAACCUCCCCAUCGCAAUGUCUUUCGGUGUCUUCAAUGGCGACACCAUCAUGUCCGACCUGACCUCUUUCGAGGAGCCCUUGAUGGACACUAAUGUGACCGUCAUUCUCGGCCAAGACGGGGGCGUGCUCUCCGUCACACAGGCCGGUAUGGGUGGCGGCGAGUCACUCGUUGAUUCAUGUAUAGCGAGCGCCUCGAAACGGCGAUCCUUUCUUGCAGAAUAUAUUUAUGAGUGAAGGCUCGUGCGCGCUCCCCUUGCCUGAUCUCGGGGUUCUCCC